GUAUUCCUUUUGCAGAAAUGUUGCUGAAGUGCUGCUGAAAGGGCCAGAGAUGCAAGGAUUUGGGAUACAUUUUGAACCUUUAAGCUGUCUGACAUUGACCUCCUUUCAUUAUUAAUAAAGAAGAAGCAGGAGCUUAGGAUGUAUUAACACCAACUCAUUAAUAUACUAACCGGACAAUGUUCUGCAACAAUUCUACAUUGUAAAGAACUGGAUUGGCACAAAAUAAAAUAAUUUCAUAUUAUACUCAGCUUAUAAUAUGACCUGAUGGAGGAAAAUUUGAUAAGCAUGAGGGAAGACCAUUCUUUUCACGUUCGUUACAGAAUGGAAGCUUCUUGCCUAGAACUGGCCUUGGAAGGGGAACGUCUGUGUAAAUCAGGAGACUGCCGUGCUGGUGUGUCCUUUUUUGAAGCUGCAGUUCAAGUUGGAACUGAAGACCUAAAAACACUUAGUGCUAUUUACAGCCAGCUGGGCAAUGCUUAUUUCUAUUUGCAUGAUUAUGCCAAAGCAUUAGAAUACCAUCAUCAUGAUUUAACUCUUGCAAGGACCAUUGGAGACCAGCUGGGGGAAGCCAAAGCUAGUGGUAAUCUGGGCAACACCCUGAAAGUUCUUGGAAAUUUUGACGAAGCUGUAGUUUGCUGUCAGCGACACCUGGGUAUUUCUAGAGAGCUUAAUGACAAGGUGGGAGAAGCAAGAGCACUCUACAAUCUUGGAAAUGUGUAUCAUGCCAAAGGGAAAAGUUUUGGCUGCCCUGGUCCUCAGGACACAGGAGAAUUUCCAGAAGAAGUGAGAAGCGCUCUGCAGGCAGCCGUGGAUUAUUAUGAGGAAAACCUAUCACUAGUGACUGCUUUGGGUGACCGAGCGGCCCAAGGACGUGCCUUCGGAAAUCUUGGAAACACACAUUACCUCCUUGGCAACUUCAGGGAUGCAGUUAUAGCUCACGAGCAGCGUCUCCUUAUAGCAAAAGAAUUUGGAGAUAAAGCAGCUGAAAGAAGAGCGUAUAGCAACCUUGGAAAUGCAUACAUAUUUCUCGGUGAAUUUGAAGCCGCCUCUGAAUACUACAAAAAGACGCUGCUGUUGGCUCGACAGCUUAAAGACAGAGCUGUAGAAGCACAGUCUUGUUACAGUCUUGGAAACACGUACACUUUGCUUCAAGACUAUGAAAAGGCCAUCGAUUAUCAUCUGAAGCACUUAGCAAUUGCUCAGGAGCUGAAGGACAGAAUUGGUGAAGGAAGAGCAUGUUGGAGCUUAGGAAAUGCCUAUACAGCUUUAGGAAAUCACGAUCAAGCGAUGCAUUUUGCUGAAAAGCACUUGGAAAUCUCAAGAGAGGUUGGGGACAGAAGUGGCGAACUGACAGCACGGCUGAAUCUCUCGGAUCUUCAGAUGGUUCUUGGUCUGAGCUACAGCACAAAUAAUUCAGUGAUGUCUGAAAAUAUCGAAAUCGAUCACAGUUUGCAUGGUGCACGCCCCAAGUUUUCACGCCGACACAGUAUGGAAAACAUGGAACUUAUGAAGUUAACACCAGAAAAGGUACAGAACUGGAACAGUGAACUUCUUGCUAAACAAAAACCUCUUAUUGCCAAACCUUCUACAAAGCUACUCUUUGUCAACAGAUUGAAGGGGAAAAAAUACAAAACUAGUUCCUCCACUAAAGUUCUUCAAGAUGCCAGUAAUUCCAUUGAUCACCGGAUUCCGAGUUCUCAGAGGAAAAUCAGUGCAGAUACCAUUGGAGAUGAAGGGUUUUUUGACCUCCUAAGCCGAUUUCAAAGCAAUCGGAUGGAUGAUCAGAGGUGCUGCUUACAAGAACAGAACUGUGGGACAGCUUCAACCGCAGCUUCUUCCACUCCCCCUAGAACGAUGCUGAAGACACCAUCUGUUUCCACGGUGUCCCCCAACACGGACGAGUUUUUAGAUCUUCUUGCCAGCUCACAGAGCCGCCGCUUAGAUGACCAGAGGGCCAGCUUCAGUAAUCUGCCAGGGCUUCGCCUGACGCAAAACAACAACCAGUCAGUACUCGGCCGCCUGAUGACUAAGGACAACAAAGAGCCUGACGAAGACUUCUUUGACAUCCUUGUAAAAUGUCAAGGCUCCCGAUUAGAUGAUCAGAGAUGUGCUCCACCACCUGCUGCCACAAGGGGACCGACGGUACCAGAUGAGGACUUCUUCAGCCUUAUUUUACGGUCUCAGGCAAAAAGGAUGGAUGAACAGAGAGUUCUUUUACAAAGAGAUCAAAACAGAGACACUGAAUUUGGGCUAAAGGGCUGUUUGCAAAGUACUGCUUUGUUGGAAUUUAAAAAUUCAGGAAAAAAAUAAGCAAACCACUAGUAGCUACUAUGGAUGUAUUAUUUUUUUUUAAAGGCGACCCUAUUUCCUUUCAGAACUGCAAGGAAAUUCAUUCUAUUUCUUUUUUUCCUUAAAAGGAGAAAUUAUAGCACUGUAAUACAGCUUAAGGUAUUUUUAGAAUGAUGUAAAUAUAUACCCUUUAAUAACUGUAGUAUUAAUAUCCCGUGGGACACUCACUUGUUUAGGGUGGAGGUGUCUUAGAAGGUGCUGCCUCAGCUUCUGUGAUUUCUGCUUGGGACUGUGUUCUUUGGCAACUUGUUCAAUUCCUUCACCUAUGUUUGUGAAGUAGAAAGUUAAAUGAAUCCCAGUUUACAAUUUAAUCCUCUUGCUAAUUUUUUUUUAAAUCUUGACAGUGGCUCUUUUUAUACUUAACCACUGAGGUAGUGAGAAACUGUGCUGUCUAGUAAAAAUAAUGUACUUGACCAACAUGUAAAAAAAGGUCUUUGUUAAAAAAAAAAAAGAAAAAAAUCUACUUUUUCCCCUCUACAGAAAGUCUAUUUUCAAUAUAUUUUUA